AUGUCAGAUCUGAUGAAUUGGCAGCCUGCACCUGGCACCAAUCCUGGCGACGGUCAUGUGAUCAACAUGGAUGCACAUUUGAGUACUGCCCAUAACAAUGCCGGUCCUGGUUCCAGGAUUAGGAUCGGGAUCAGGAGGACAGUGAUGGUGAUAGCGAUGGUAAAGAUGACAACAACAAUGAAGGACAAAAUGAUGGUGAUGAUGACGAUAAUGAAGAAAAAGAUGACAACAACAACAAUGAAUACAAGCGUAAUAACAGGAGAGCAGGAAGCAGGCACAGUAGCAGAGCUGCAGCUACAAUGUCUGCUGUUGCACGAGGCGGAAGAGGAGGGAGAGGUGGAAGUGCUGGAAGAGGUGGAAGAGGUGGAGGAGAUGUCAACAGUGAUGUUCUGGGAGCUACUAGGGAUCCAUGCAUCAUUCAUGGUCGAAGUAAGCCUAUUGACACCAAAGCAGUGGACAGAAGUGUUACCUGCCUUGGUGAAGGCCAAAUCAGAGACUGAUUUACUGGUUCUGGUGGACACCCACAGCGAUUAUGAGAGUGGCGAGCUGGUCCAUAGUGUCGACAAACAUGGAAUUGCUUGGACUCAGGAAUCUUCAGAGGUGUUACAUCACCACUUGGGCCCAGAAUUGCGGAAGUGGUCCAUGGACAUGAGGGGCACCAAAGGGAUAAUUUUGCUGGCUUGUGGGCCAGUGUUCACCCAGCCAUUAUAUUUUGAAAAUAUUAAGUUGCUGGUAUCUAGUUUCACUGCUCAUUCGGUUCAACCCUCAGUGGUCAUGCCCUUCAUGCUAUGGGUGGCAGUACAGGUCUAUACCAAUGGAAUGCCUGUUAAGCUGGCUCUUGAGAAGGAGAUUGCCAACUUGACUUUGCUCCUAAAUGCGGCAACUAGGUGGCGCCCAAUUCUUGAAGUUCUCCUAUCAUCGCUGCAGCUGGAAUUCUGGCAGUUACAAACCCAGACCCAGUUGACUUCAAAUGUUCUCUGA